AUGGUGACCGCCAGGAAGCGCGACGCGCUUGCGAAGUAUACCGCAGGUAACACCAUGAAACUUCGGCCUUUCCCGAAUCCCGUUGCCCCUCAUUCCGCGAGCAUGUCUCCAAAACGCGACGAAACGACACCCGACGGCCGCUCCUUCAAAGACUUGACCGCUCAACGGCCCAGCUGUUUCAAUCCAGACGCUCAUUAUGAGGAUGACCAACCACUGAAGCUCAAGAUUAUUGGAACGAUCUCUGGCGGAGCAAGUCACGACCGACAAAUCCUCCUUUGCAAGACCGACGAGGCCCCUCGGCGAAACCCUCGACAUGCGGAUAUUCCCGUCUUUGGUAACAGGAAGCAAUGUAUCGUGGCCAUAGUCAUGGAUGCGGUUUGCUACGGGAAUUCGGUCAUAGCCGACUCUGAUCUUUGUCGCCGGGCUGCUGUCCUCCAACACCUUCACCAUGAAACUGCAACUGGGCUUGGGACCAUUAAUCCUGACUACUAUGGCACAUGGGUCUUGGAGACGUACGAUAAUGCAGAGAACUACCCCGGAAGCAAAAGAUACAUUGGUGUCAUUCUGAGGGAGUAUCUCGAGGGUGAGAGCAUUGGCGGGUUGUGCACGCGCGAAGAAGAUAAAGACGGAGUCGGCAUGCUGAUCGCACCUACAAACCCGGUGAUACGUUUUGGUACCGAUGGCGAAGUACUCGUCCUUGACACUAAUGACCAAGUGCGCCAUGAGAUCACGAUGCAGCUUAUGCACGGCAUCGUUACCAAUGAGCAUCAUGGCGUCGAACAAAUGUUGAAAGAGGCCGAAGACGUCAUGGUGGUUUUUCGACGCUAUGGAGAGCGCCUAGAGAUACCGCAGGCUGUAAUGCUCGGUACCCUUUAUAGCGAAGUGUGUCAAGAUUCCGAUGAUAUCCAGCAACAACUUGGCAAGCCUCUCCACCCAUUCGACCGAUUCCCACAUAACGAAUUCGAAAUGCUCGAUGGCUGGUAUAAUGUCGACUGGUGCUACGAGAAUAGAUUCAAGCUCGAUGCAUGGAUGUUGCAUCAGUUCGGGCUCAUGGACGAAGCAGAGAAGCAGCGCGACUAUGUUACUUUGGAAGACCUGAGAGAUGAUGAGAGCGACGUUACGGGGGACAGGAACAGCCGCUUGAAAACGGCUUUCGAGUUCAUUGCAAAAGGAGGAACUCUCAAAUUCCCCAACUGCAGCCUUCCAGCUAUUCCAAUGCAACCUCCCCGGCAGGCUAGCAGCACGAUCACACCAAUGUUCGGAAACUUCAGACAUCAGAACAUGGCCAAGUAUUUGAAGGCCCGGCAGGAUCGUGGGCGUCCUUUCUGGCGAACCUUUGAACGAGUCAUGACAUUUUGUCCCAGAGAAUUGAAGAAAGCGGAUAUCGAAUUAAGAGCGGCGCUUGCUUGGUUGGUUGCUACUGUUCAGCUUUUACCAAGGGGAACCAAUCCCAAAGACCAAACCUCCGAAGAGCAGCAUGAUGUUUCGCUCUUCGAUGAUUUCUUGGAACAGCUUAAGCGCAAGUUGCUCAAAAGAAAGAGAGACGAGUCAAGCGAGUCAGACACUUGA